GGGGAUUUAGAGGUGGAUGGUAGGGGAGGAACAUUAAAGGCGUUAACGGGCUUAUCCUCACGGCGUUUUGGGUCGGCAAAUAUACAAUGUACAACUAUAUUCGACGUGGUUCCGAGGUUUUCCUACUUCACGAGUUUAUUCGAUCAGUCUCUAGUUACUCGAUCACAUCAGAAGAUCACAUUGUUACGUCCAAUCGAAAUUCGAUCAAAGCUUAUAGCUUAAAUGAAGAAGUUUCGCAUCUAUAUGACAUUUUGCUGGAUAGAUUGUUCGUUUAAGGUGUACGUGAUAGAAUGGGGUGGCUUUGCAAGUGCAAAAUAGUUGCAGGAUUGAGAUUCCACUACUACAUCAUCAGCAUCAUUUUUAAAUCCCGUUUGCAUCCGCCUGUUCCAUGGGACUGUUCUUGGGGUCUAGCCUCUAGAAGUCUUCCUACCCCAGCUGGAUCGUAUUGAGCCUGCAUCCCUGAAUGGCAAAACAGGAUUUCGACAAUUGAACCAUCAGGCAAUCGGAACAUCUUCAACAUACGUCAUGCAACCUUUUUGUCCAACAUGGAUUCAAUGAUUAUAUAUAUAUAUAUGUACAUUUAAGACUUGAGACUUUUGGUACUUUUUUCAACUAUAAAUAUUUUACCACACAUCUCUUCGGCAUCGUUUACAAGAAUCACAAAUUCACAUCACGACUCCGAGCCAUCGCUAAAGCUUACAACUGUCGAUAUAAAAUAAUAACAUGGAGUCCUUGAAGAAAGCGACGGGCAUGUCGGCUCCCGAGCACACGGAUGAACAGAAGAAACAAUUUUAUGACAACCUCUCCGAUGAACAAAAGCAGAAACAAACAUAUACAGAAUGGGUAAAGGAGGCAUACAACGACCAAUAUGAGAAGUGGAUGCCAUGGAUUGAAGACCAAUAUUUGAAAUGGUUUGGGAAAGGCGACAACAAGGCAUCAUAUGUGACGAAAGGUUGGUUGACCUAGACUUCAACAUUCACAACCUCGAAGCUAAAUCAAAAUUGUAGAUACACUCAACAAAACCAAAGUCACCGGCGUCUCACAAAUCGACCAAAUUCAAGACGACGUGCAUAACCUUGUCGGUAAUCAAUUUGGGGAGAAUGGUCUAUUGGCCCCCGUAGGAAACCUGGCUGGGAAGGAAGGUAUCAACAGAAUGGAGCGCAAAGGAAAAGACGAAGAUGGUUCAUACGGUGGUCCUACGUCAGCCUUCACGGAUCCGGUUAUUAAGAAUGCAAAAGGUGUUGGGCAAGGAGUUGUGGGUGGCGCACAGAAUGUUGGUUCUGGCCUGGCAGAUGGUGCAAAGACUGCAGGUGGAUAUGUUGGGGGUAUUUUUGGGGGUGGGCAGAAGGAAGGUCUAAAAGAGGAGCAGAAGGGAAACUAAAUUCACGCCUUGGCUGUUGGAUUCUUCCCUUCACGGUGCUGUGGUUGAUGUAUUGGGCUUGAGGAAUUGAUUGAGGGCUGGUAAGCUUGUUGGGCAUGCGUGUAUUUGAUAAUGAUACCAAAUCCUUUUUUCACU